AUGAGCUCUAUCUUGGGUGAUGGUGUGAGGGGGAGCGUGUGUGGUGGCUGCCUGAGCAAGGCCCGUGCUACUGCCGGCUCCUCCAAUUCACAAGUGGCGGCGUCAGCCUGCGGGAACUACGCGGUGAUGAAGCUGGCAGAAGGGAAGGAGAAGAUGGAGAAGGAGCGGAGACCUCAUUCUCUACUAGACAUUAAGUUUAGGAAUGGUUCUAUCGAAAUUCCAUGCCUUGUUAUUGAUGAAUAUACAGGUGGUCUUUUCAGGAAUCUCAUUGCUUUUGAGCAAACCUGCCCUCAGUUUGGGGAUGACUUCACGGCUUACAUUGUUUUCAGAUCACAGAAUAUUAGUAUGCCAGAAGAUGUAACUCUACUUGUUGAUAGAGAAAUAAUUGUCCACCACCUUGAUAGUGAUAAGCAUGCAUCUGAUUUAUUUACCGUGCUCAGUAAAGAUGUAGUAUUUGAUUUCAAUGGCAAGUAUUACUUAAAGCCACUCUGCUUGCCCAUGGAAGCACACUAUCAGAGUCGUCUAAACCGAUGGAUUUCUCGGCUCUGGGUGAAUCAUUUCAGUAAUCCAUGGUUGGCCUUAGCUGCAUUAGGGACAGUCCUUGUGCUUAUCUGCACCAUUGUUCAAACCAUCUUAACUGUGCUGGCAUGCGUUAAACCACUUGAUCACAAAUGA